CAAACAAGACGGGAACGCAAGAGCGACAAACGCGCUGCGGGGUCAUACGUAUACGUAAUACGUAAUUAUACGUAUUUCGGAUUCGGAUUCGUAUAUGUAUACAAACAUUACGUAUACGUAACAUUGACAUUGCCACUGCCUGCUGUUGUUGCUGGCGUUCGCGUUGGCGUUGGCGUUACUGCUGCUGCUGCUGCUGCAGCACGCAGCUUGUCGUGCUAUUUCGAAAUUCUGGCUGUAGCUGCACGCCAUUCAGCCAGCCAGCAUACACACUCAUCACCAUCGCACAGUACACAGCGCUCAGUUCGGUUCAGCUCAGCGCAGAGCAGAGCAGAGCAGAGCAGCACAACACAGUAGAGCACAGCACACACCCGGCAAAACAAAGCGCCACUGGCGGCACACUGGGUGAAGGACGGACAAUGUGUUUUCGGGGCAAGUCCGGGCAUAUCAUGUUACAUUGUGAGGCGAGCAGCAUACACAUUCAGUACUAAAGUAAACCUCAAGGUAGACUCAUGCAUGUGUGUUGUGACAUAAGUCCAGUGAAAUUUGUUUGUUCUGCCUCCGCUUGUUCUUUGUGGAGCCGCAAUUAAGACGGACCGCGCGACAAAGCUCGAACACUACGUUACACCCAAACGACGCGACAUAUCCACAUGGUAGACCCAUAAGUGCGACGCACAUUUGCGUCUUUCAGUUCUCCGUUCUCAGUUCUAAGUUCUCAAUUUACAGUUUAUAGUUCUCGAUUCGCAGUGCUCGGUUCUCGACGGUUUCUGUAUGCGGUCUUUAUUUACAUAACAACAAAAAAAACACCUCACCUCAGUCGGUCGGGCAGUCGGUCAGAGGUUAACGCCUAGGCCUAGGCGUGUGUGGACAAAAGCUUAUCCCGCCUAAAGCCAUCAACAUGCUCUGCAGUUGCGGAUGUCUGCAGAAGGCUGGCGGCGGUGGCAAGCGACGCAGCUCCUCGUCGGUGGAAGACGCCUCAUCGAGUCGGAUGUCCGAACUGGAGUCCAAUAGCCGGCCGCAAACAACGGAGGCGGCCAGCACACGGACCUCCAGUCUGCUGCAAUUAUUUCACAGGAAAGGUCCAAAGUGCUUCCGCAAGCCCCAGCGACCCAAGAGCCCGAUGCAGGCCGAGAAAACAAUCAGAGCUGCAAUAUUCAUUCAGAAAUGGUAUCGGCAGCAUCAGGCCAGACAGGAAAUGAGAAAGCGUUGUAAUUGGCAAAUCUUCCAGAACUUGGAGUAUGCCAGCGAACAGGACCAAGCCGAGUUGUACAAAUUUUUCCAUGAGCUCAUCAAGCACAUGCCCCAGGCAGCUGGGACAGGGAACAAAAGUCCAACGUCAACAUGCACUGCUCUUUUGGAAGAAAGUGAGGCGCUAAUGGAAGAAGUGGGCGAUAUUGUGUCUACCAAAGUUGAAAUACCCAUAAUGAAGAGUCACAUAGACCUACUUAUCGAUGUGUUCCGCAAGAAGAGAAGCAAUCGUUUGCAUCCCAAGUAUGUUGUGCUAAUACUCAGAGAAGCUGCCAAGUCACUCAAGGAAAUGCCUAACCUCUCGAUGGUUUCCACUGCGGUGUCGCAGCAAGUGACAGUUUGUGGGGAUCUGCAUGGCAAACUGGAUGAUUUGCUAGUUGUGCUAUGCAAGAAUGGGCUGCCGUCCACUUCUAAUCCUUAUGUCUUCAACGGUGACUUUGUGGACAGAGGAAAGAAGGGACUUGAGGUUCUUCUGCUAUUACUGUCGCUUUAUUUGGCAUUCCCCAAUGCUGUAUUCCUCAAUCGUGGCAAUCAUGAGGACAGCGUAAUGAAUGCUCGCUAUGGCUUUAGUCGCGAAGUAGAGCGCAAGUAUCCACGCAAUUAUAAACGAUUGUUGCGCUUAAUCGAUGAAGUUUAUCGCUGGCUGCCACUGGGAUCAAUUAUAAACAAUCGUGUUCUGAUUGUGCAUGGCGGUUUCUCGGAUAACACAGAUCUGGAUCUCAUUAAAUCUAUAGAUAGAAGCAAGUACGUUUCGAUUUUGCGACCGCCGCUCACUGAAGGUCAGCCGCUGGACAAAGCUGAGUGGCAGCAGAUUUUCGAUAUUAUGUGGAGCGAUCCACAGUCUGUGCCUGGCUGUAUACCAAAUACUUUGCGUGGAGCUGGUGUUUGGUUUGGUCCAGACACCACUGAAAAGUUCUUGGAGCGCCAUAGACUCAGCUACAUGAUCAGAUCACACGAAUGCAAGCCAAAUGGGCACGAGUUUACGCAUGACAACAAGGUCAUCACCAUAUUCUCUGCCUCCAACUACUAUGCCCUGGGGUCCAAUAAAGGGGCGUACAUACGCCUUAAUAACCAGUUGGUGCCACGAUUUGUCCAGUACAUCUCGGCUGCCUCACAGGCCAAGAAACUCACCUUCAAGCAGCGCGUAGGCAUCGUGGAGAGUGCUGCCUUAAAGGAGCUGGCCGUUAAGAUGCGCGAGUAUCGCGAUGAGCUGGAGACCGAGUUUAAGAAGUACGAUCCAGAUGAUAAGGGCUACAUAACCAUCUCGAAGUGGUGCUAUGUUAUGGAGAAGGUGACCAAGUUGGGACUGCCCUGGCGUCUACUGCGCGAGAAACUUGCACCGGGAACCGACAGCAAGAGUGUCAACUAUUUCCGAACAUUGGAUCUGCUGGAUACGGAUGUUAUAUUGGAAGCAGAAGCUGAUGGCACAUCAGUUAUGGAUGCUUUGUAUGCCAACAAGACUAGUUUGGAGACCAUUUUUAAUAUAAUAGAUGCCGAUAAAUCUGGCGAAAUAACACUUGAUGAGUUUGAGAAGGCAAUUGAUCUCCUGGAUGCCCAUAUGCCGGGUGACACAUCCAAAUCUGAAAUGCUAGAAAAAUGCCGAAUGAUGGAUCUCAAUGGCGAUGGCAAAGUGGAUCUCAAUGAGUUCCUCGAGGCCUUUAGAUUAAGUGAUAUACAUAGAAAGCAACAGCAAGAGGCGGAUAUUCGCAAGCGUUCCACGACCAGAUCUAGCAUUAAUCAGCCUCCGUCGGACUCGGUGACAAAGUUGGCCAACAUUAUAUCGAAAAAUACUUUGAUCAUUGAGCAGGAUAUUGAUCCCAUGGACUGUGAGUCCAAGAUCAUAGAACCAACAAAAUAAUUAAACAAAUCUAAGCAAAUACUUAUCAAAAAAAAAACAAAAAAAAAAUGAAACUAGAAUACUCGUACUAUAUAUUCAAAUGUUUUCCAAAUCUAAAAUACUUUUGAUUUAUACUGAAAUAUUACUUGUUGGUAUUCUAAUUUAAAGACUUUUUACUUAUUGUUAUUAAUCUCAGCACAUGCCUAAAAGCGAAUGCUUGAGUCAAGACUUGUUUAAUGCCGCUUACUUCUUGCUGAAUAUUUACACUGAAUGAAAUUUCAAUAAAUAUCAUUUUCCU